UAUUCAUAAUUAUUUUUAUUAUGUUUUGGACAAAAACAACAAAACACACACACAUACACAUACACAUGUGAAACUGCAAAACAAUCAUUCGACAUUCAUGUGGUGAAAAACGAAAAAAAUAAAAAAUUAAGUUUACACUGUGCGAAAACGAGUACUGCAGUUCUAAUUCGCGAGCGCAAUUAUAUAAAAAGCAAAACAAAUAAGCAAAAAAUUCCUAAUUGAUAGGCAAUUAAAGUGUAUGAAAAACUCCCGCUCCCUUCGCAACAAUCGGAGCGGAUAAAAAAUAAUUUUUCGUAUUUGUGUUAUGAUCAUAUGCGAUAAAUGAACGUGCAUUCGAAAUCAAUACUUGUGGCACUUAAAUUUUUUAACAAUCAAUAAACUGACCGAGUUAAAGGUGAAUAAAUUGCAAACAUAAUUAAGUCAGUGUUUAGAUAAUCAAUUAGAAGCAAAACAGAAACUAAAAGAGUGAUAAUUACAUUUAAAGCAUAGUCAAAGUCAAAGUUAUAAUUGAUAUCCAAAAAUCGAAAUCGGAAUCUUUAAAGAAAUUAAAUGCUUCACCUUAUAAACAAGAGUUAAACACUUAUAUUACACUAAUUACACGCGAAAUUGGAUUUUUUAUACUUAAAUAUUCGAUUCGCGUUUACUAGUACAUCCAAAAUAACUGACCAAAUGAGUCCAGAAGACGAAAACUACAUUUUAAAAACGUAAACAGACGAGUACGAGGAGUACUAAGAUUUCAACUUGUAAUGGACUGGCUUUUGACAACACCACAAAUACAUAGCGUAUUUUCAUCGUUGGGCUCUUUCGAGGGCGAUUCAUACGUUGUUAAUCCUAAUGCACUGGCAAUACUGGAGGAAAUAAACUACAAACUGACUUACGAAGAUCAAACGUUACGUACAUAUCGGCGGGCGAUUGGGUUUGGCCAAAAUGUACGUUCGGAUCUUAUACCGUUAUUAGAGAAUGCGAAAGAUGAAGAUGUAUUAGAUUCCGUUAUUCGCAUACUCGUCAAUCUUACGGUGCCGGUUGAAUGUCUGUUUUCAGUCGAUGUUAUGUAUCGUACUGAAGUGGGCAGGCAUACGAUUUUCGAAUUGAAUAAGCUAUUGUACACAAGUAAAGAAGCGUUUACAGAUCCCAAGAGCACUAAAUCGGUUGUUGAGUAUAUGAAGCACAUAUUGGAAUCAGAUUCGAAAUUAUCGUCACAAAAAUGUGAUAAGAUCAAUAAUUGCUUGUUAUUGUUACGUAACAUUUUGCAUAUUCCGGAGACCCAUGGCACCUUCAUAAUGUCACAGUCACAAGCAAAUGGCACACAUGUAGCUUCCAUGCAAAAUGCAAUACUGUGGAAUCUCUUCAUUCAAAGCAUAGACAAACUGUUGCUUUAUUUGAUGACAUGUCCACAAAGAGCAUUUUGGGGUGUGACCAUGGUGCAACUAAUUGCACUCAUGUACAAAGAUCAACAUGUAAGUACUUUGCAGAAGUUACUUAAUAUGUGGUUUGAAGCUUCCUUGUCGGAAAGUUCGGAGGAUAAUGAAAGCAACACUUCUCCCCCAAAAUGUGGUGAUCUCAGUGGAGAUUCCAGCCCUAUGUUAACUUCUGAUCCAACAUCGGAUUCUUCAGAUAAUGGAAGUGGAGGUCGUAAAAUAGAAAGCUCAGAAGAUCGCCGUCAUGCAUUGCAUGAGGAAACUGAAGCAACAUUGCAGGAAGUUAGUCGUAAAGGUCAUGAAUAUCAAAAUUCAAUUCUUCGUACACCAACAGAAGGUGAAGAGAGUAAACCAAAAACGACCGAUAAAAUUGCAAUUGUAGUAACUGAAAGCACAAAUGAUUGUGAGAAACCUUGUACAUCUGCGCAAGCUGCUGCGGCAGCAGUUGCGGUCGACAAAAAAACAAAUAACACAAUUAAACAAACAACAACAAUUAAAAUAAAAAAUGAGCCCAUGGAAGGUACAAAUGAUGAUGAUGCAAAUUUAUCAGAUGUGACUGUCAUGGAUACUAUUAAAGAAGAAACAGAGCACGAAUGUCACACAAAAGAUUCAACUCAACCAGCUGAACAUGUUAAAAACACUUCCAAAACUGAAAAGACAGAUGAAGACAAAGCUAUUUUUGUGCCACCACCACCUAAGCCAUUUCGGUCUACUAAUAUACAUAACGCUGCCCCUGCAACUAAAAAUAUAAAUGUGGAAAAAGAAGACAAAUUGGAUAAUUUAUCUAAAUCUUGUCAAAAGGUGCCACAUUCGGGGCAGUUAAAUUUGACAAAAGGAAAAUGUUGUCCUCAAAAACGCGAGUGUCCGUCUUCGCAAUCAGAGCUUUCAGAUUGUGGCUAUGGCACGCAGGUUGAAAAUCAGGAAUCUAUUUCAACUUCCAGCAAUGAUGAUGAUGGCCCACAAAAUAAGCCACAACAUCAAAAGCCACCGUGCAACUCCAAACCCCGUAAUAAACAACGCGCAGUCAUGACCGUAGAUGACAAAAAAGAAUUACGACGGAAGAAACUGGUGAAACGUAGUAAAAGCAAUCUUAUUAACAUGAAGGGCUUAGUGCAGCAUACACCUACCGAUGAGGACAUAUCAAAUCUGCUAAAGGAAUUCACUGUUGAUUUCCUCUUAAAAGGUUAUGAUUACUUAGUCGAAGAACUACAUUCCCAGUUGUUGUCGAACAUGAAAAUAUCUAUCGAUACUUCGCACUUCUUUUGGUUGGUGACCUAUUUUCUUAAGUUUGCUGCACAACUCGAACUUGACAUGGAGCACAUUAAUUCAAUUCUUACCUACGAUGUUAUAAGCUAUCUAACCUAUGAAGGUGUAACAUUAUGUGAACAACUUGAAUUGAAUUCCCGACAGGAAGGAUGUGAUGUCAAACCGUAUCUCAGACGAAUGCAUUUGGUUGUUACUGCAAUUCGCGAAUUCUUACAAGCAAUUGAAACUUACAAAAAAAUAACGCAUUUGAGUGAAGAAGACCGUGAACAUUUACGACGUUUACAAAUACAAAUCAGUAGUACUGAAGAUCUACGUUGUUUAUUUGUGUUGCUGCUGCGACGAUUUAACCCUAGUUUACAUACAAAACAAUAUCUGCAAGAUUUGGUAGUGACGAAUCAUAUCUUAUUGCUAAUAUUGGAUAGCGUAACGAAGUCAGAUAACAAUAGCUGCGUCAAAAUGAUCGACCAUUUAGCACAAUUCGCAACUUUAGAAGUGAUGCACUACUACGGUAUGCUCCUUGAAGAUUUCAGUAAUAAUGGUGAAUUUGUGAACGAUUGUAUUUUUACAAUGAUGCAUCAUAUCGGUGGCGACUUGGGGCAGAUUCGUACUUUAUUCCAACCAGUAAUACUAAAGACCUAUUCACGUAUUUGGGAAGCCGACUAUGAAUUAUGCGAUGAUUGGUCCGAUUUAAUUGAAUAUGUAAUAUACAAGUUUAUGAAUACACCACAGAAGAGUGCAUUAAGCUUACCAACAACAUCAUUAACAGAGCUUACUAAAGAACAUAAUCUAGAAACUACUGUUUGUUCUUGGACUCAAGAAGAAAAGGACACCUUAUAUUGGUACUAUGUGCAGAGUAAAAAGAAUAACGAUAUCGUUGGCAAAAUCGUGAAAUUAUUCAGUAAUAAUGGCAAUAAACAAAAAUCACGGAUUUCCAUAAUACAACAAUUAUUGCAACAAGACAUUAUUACUUUGGUUGAGUAUGACGAUUUGAUGAAAUUUGAAGAUGCCGAAUAUCAACGCAACUUAUUAACUACAAACACUUCCAGCACGACUGAGUCCGGCAUAGACAUUAAGGAUGCAAUGCCUUCAGAUGAUAUACAAAUACUUCGGGAUCUUAUAAUAAAGGAAAAUAAGGGCAAACAUUUAAUUUGGCUGCAGAAAUUAUUACUAGAGUGUUGUCAUGUCAAAUUAAUUCUUAAGAAUAAAGUACGCCGGGAAAAUAAUAAAAAUUUAAAUUUAAAUCAUACCAUGGAACCAGUAUCAUAUCAUUGUAUAUUGAAAAAUAAAUCGAUUCCAGUCGUGCAAUGGAAUAAUGAUCAAGCUAUAAUGAUGCUUUAUCAACCUUUUGUAUUGCUGUUACAUAAGUUAGGAUUUCAAUUACCAGCUGAUGCUGGUUCAGUAUUUGCACGCAUACCGGACUAUUGGACAGCAGAUAUGAUGUAUAGUUUAGCGAAAAAGUUGGGACCUUUAGAUAAAUUGGUCAUCAAAUUCGACGUUAAUCAAUUAGAAGAAAAAAUAAAUUUAGAAGCUAGUACAUCACGUUGCUAUAAUACAAGUAGUUCGCGUCCGUCUCUGAGUUCUUUGUCGAGCUUAGAUAUAGAAAUUUCUGAUACAGAUCAUAUUCCAGUUGAAAGUAGUGAUGAUAUUAAUGAAGUUGCUAUUUUACCACCAUUAUUGGCGUUGGAUAUGAGGUUUGAGAAAGCGCAUACAAAUGAAAUUUUCGCAGUCGGAAAAGAUAAACACUGUAAUUCAAUUAUAAGAUUUACACCAGAUCCAUCCUCAACGCCGUCUGUACCGAAUUGGUUGCAAUUGGUUAUGCGAAGCAAAUGCAAUCCACCACCUAUGGUUGCAGCGGUCCCAACUCUAUUAACAGUUCCGCCAAAUGAAAGAAAUGAUGGUGACUUUUGUAUGCCCAACAGCAGAGAACUGUCAGCAAUAAUUUCGUCUGUUGCUGCAACGACAUCACAUUUAAUGACAACAGUUGCAACUGGAAUAACACAUCCUACAACACAAUUACCACAUACUUCCAUCAGCAACAUAAUUGUAACAAAAAACAAGUGCAACGACAAAUCUUGCAGUAGCAAUAAUAACAGCAACAGCAAGAGCAAUAGCAGUGGCAUCGAUAACAAUGAUGUUGUUAACAGCGGCAACAAUGACAAAAAAAGCAACAAUACUAACAACAGCAACAAUAACAAUAUAAAUGAUAACAAGCUAAAUGCAACAACACUGAAUAUUCCGGCAACAAUUGAAGAACAUCAACAAGAACAACAACAGCUAACACAGCAACAACUUAAAUUGCUACGGCAAAGCACUAGCAGCGAUGAUGAUUCCGCGAUGCAAUCAUUUGAACGCCGUGAUUCCAGCUCAAGCGGCUUUUAUACACGUAGCGGCUGCAGCGCAACUAUGGAAAGUGAAUACAGUGCAAUGGUGGCAUCGGUCUAUCAAAACGAAAUGGCCAAUAGUGAUAGUGCAUCUGUGGCAUCAGAUUUGACCCGCAUGUACGUCAGUGAUGAAGAUGAGAAGCCAGAAUUUCAAGUUACGCACUUCCAUUGAGGACAUUUUUACUAUUUAUGAAUACAAAAGUUAAUUAUUAAUAUUAAAUGUAACAAAUAUCUGAAAUCGUGGUACAAGGAACCGUUUGCCUUCAGUAAAAUUUAUUAUAGUAAAAAUAGUCAAAUUGUAUGUGAGAUAGGCGAUGCCAUCUUGUAAUUGCUGUUAAAAAUAUUUUUCCAAUUCGUUACAGAGUAAAUAUUUUUACUUAUUAAUUUUUUUUUUG